CCUGACAGUGUGCAGUUCUCAAGCAAACAGUUGAACCAGUUCACAGCACAGCAGAGCACUAUGGAUCUUUCAGAUGCUCUUGGUGAAUUGCCCUCGGGGGGCAACAACCAAUCAGCAGGUCCUUGGCCCAGCAAUCCCACCUGGCCAGGUCAGCAACCUACCAACCCCAGCUGGCCCGGUCAACCUGCUCCCAACCAGACGUGGCCUGGGUAUCAACCAUCUGGCAACCCCACAUGGCCUGGAGGACAACCAGCAGCCAAUCCCACCUGGCCUGGAGGUAGCAUGUGGCCAGGAGGGAACCCAGGUCAACCCACUGCACCUGGUGGAUUCCUAAGUGGACCUGGUGCAUACGGACCUGGACCUGGACCAACUAUACCAACAGAACCCCAAAGGAAUUUGGUUGUUCCUUACGAACAGGAACUGCCGCAGGGAGUCUUUGACAAACUACUGAUCUCCAUCACCGGGACCAUAAAACCCAAUGCUGAAAAAAUCACGGUGAACUUGUCAACAUCCAGCGACAUUGCCUUUCACUUCAAUCCUCGUUUCAAUGAUUAUGGGCAGAAGGUUCUUGUCAGGAACACAUGCAUCAACAAGGAGUGGGGUAAAGAGGAAAGAGAUGUGAAGCAGUUUCCCUUUGUCAAGGGUCAACCGUUCGAGAUGAAAAUAUUGUGUACCAACAAUGAGUUUAAGGUGGCUGUUAACAAAUCCCACCUUCUUGAAUACAAACACCGGAUAACCAACCUGAGCUCCAUCAACACACUCGGCAUCUACUAUGACCUCACCCUUUCAAGUGUUGUUAUCGAGACACUGUCUUGAGAAGUCUUUGACGACAUUACUGGUGAUCUGCUAAAGUUAACAUUCAAAACAAACAUUGAUUUUUUUUAAACUUUACAAGUAAACUGGAAAUCUGUCUUGGAUCUACUGUGGAUCUACCAGAAAUCUAAAAAGAAAUUUAAAGGAACCAAAUCUCAAAUCAAAAGUAAUCACAGAUUCCUAAAAACAUAUCUUUGGAUCAGCAAGGUAUCGAUCAGAGAUCAACUGUAGAUCUACCAGAGUUCUAAUAAAGACCUACAAGACAUCUGGUUGUGAUCUAUAGAGUGAGUAUAAUUCUUCUGGAAAUCUAGCAGGAGAGCUAUUGGGGAUCCCCAAUGAUCAACUGGAAAUUUACAAUGCAUUUACCAGAGCUAUGCCUGAGAAUGCCAUAUUUAAGCAUUUCAUAAGACAUGGCAAAAGUUGCCUUUGGUAGACCUAAAUCAGAUUGCUCUAUAGCUGAAGAUGAUUAUUAGUUUUACAGAACAUUAUUAAAAAUUCCAACAAAAUUUUGUUGGAGGAUGUUUUGAGGAUGCCAUCUCAAAGAUCUGAUUUUGAUCCACAAAAAAAAAAAAAAAAUCAUACAGCAGAUCCACAGCAGAUUCUUCUGUUCUUUCUUGCUUUCCGUUUCUUCUAGAUGAUUUGUAAGAGUGUAACGUUUUGACAAUCAACUGUUUUUUUUUUUUCUGUUAGUGUAGUUCUAAACCCCUGUAGUUUUAAACCACUUACUGGGGAACCCCACUAGAUUACCAAUAAAAGACAAUGGUUUAUAGGGCAUGGCACGGGGCGUAGUGGCAGAGCGUGUGAUCCAUAUAUGGAGCCUGUAGUUCUCGACGCAGCUGUCCUGAGUUUCAGUCCCAACCCCGGAAACCUGUGCUGCAUGUUUUCCCCAUCUUUCCACCCUGCUUUCUGUCUGCCUACUUUCCAAAACAUAACAAAAAUUAAGGCCAGUAGUGCCACAAAUAAAAUCUUUAAAAAAAAAAAAA